AGAAUUUGCAGUAAAAUUGAAACUCGAGGAUAAUAGGUACAAAAAAGAACGCCCAUUUUACUUUACUUCCUAUCCUCAAAAAGAUAACAACGAUGAUAGUGACUCAUCUUUGUCAUUGAACCCUAAAGAAUCACAGGAAAAAUUUCUAAGUGAUUUACCGUAUAUUGAGUCAAAUCAAUCUUGGCUAGACAUCAUUCCAAAAAGCUUCCCACUCCAGAAGGAAUUGAAGAUCUUAUCCUCGUCUAUUCCAAAUAGUGCAUCCCUUCCUGAGCUAAAAGUAAGGAAAUUACUUUCAAAUGAUAAAGAUAGGGGAGCUUUAUCAAAACAAACACCAAAUAAAGGCAAGUAUUCAGCAAGGAUAAAGUUUUAGAUUCUAAAAUAAAACAUGAAGAGAACAAGGAAGAGUAUUACCAGAGACAAGAGGAUAAACAGCCAGAACAAUGUCAAGAUCUCCAACCUUCCAUGAGCAGAGAAACAUGCCAAGAUCCUUUAUGUUUAAAGAAAUCAAUAAAAAGAGGAAUUUUAUGUGCACAUGUUUUGAUAUCAAAGUUAGUAAUUGAUCAUGCAGAGACAGGUGAUGCGACAAUGAUAGAUGAGUUAAAGAACUUUGAGAAAUGAAGAAUAGAUUUUCUGGAUGGGAUUAAUUAUCUAAGCGAUAAAUUAGAAGAUUGUAGAAAAUAUCAUGACUUGUCCAUGUACAAUUUUUACAAGGACAAAGAUGAGACUCAAGCAGAAGGAACUCUAAACCUCAAACCUGGAGUGGACAAAUCAUCAUGUAGCCAUUCUACAUAUUUGAAGCAUACAAUUAUAAAUUGCAUUGAUGCUUUACAUGAGGAAUUCUUCGAAUUACUAUACGCGCAUGAAGAGACGGGAGAUGACACUAUGAUAGAUCAGAGAAAGAUAUUUGAGUUCCAAAGAUGUUCUUAUUUGAAGAUGCUGGGUGAUGUUGCCAAGAAAUGCAAAGGUAAUCCUUCAGUUUUCUCAUUGAGGCUAGACUAA